GGGGCAGCAUCUCGGUGUCAGGCAGGAAGACAUGCAGAGAGAAACGCAGCGAUAGCAGCGAGCAGCCCAACCUCGACCGUAAGGUACAAGGCACCAGUUUUGAUCACUUCUAAGAUUUUGAAGACAACGUGGUUGAAUUCAGGAAACAGGCACAAACUAAUUUUAGAAAAGCUGGCUGCUCACAGAAUGAAAAUAGGCUUUUGACAUGAAGAAAGAUCUGGAGACAUUAAUUGCAGAAGAAAGGGCAGAAAUAAUUUCUAACUAUAACAAGGGCAGGCGAGAUGGGACCUCAAUUGAUCCAUGGGAAGAUUUCAAUUUAUACAAAGUUGUGGACAGAUUUGGCUUUCUGCAUGAACAUGAGCUGCCCAUGCCAACACUGUUGGAGGAAAAGCUUAAACAUUUGGAGAUUGAAAGAAUACCAAAAUGGGUCAAAAUGGUUAAAAAAUGGGAUAAGUACAGAAACAGUGACAAGAUGAUACGAAGAAUUUACAAAGGAAUUCCCCUACAGCUGCGGGGUCAGAUUUGGUCACUGCUAUUAAAUUUAGAAAAAUUGAAAUCUGAGAAUGAAGGAAAAUAUGAGAAAAUGAAAUUACAAGCACAAAGUGUUUCAGCUGAUAUUAAACAAAUAGACCUCGAUGUAAAUCGCACUUUUAGAAACCAUAUCAUGUUUCGGGAUCGAUAUGGAGUGAAACAGCAAGCAUUGUUUCAUGUACUCGCCGCUUAUUCUGUAUACAACACGGAAGUGAGUUAUUGUCAAGGAAUGAGCCAAAUUGCAGCAAUUUUACUGAUGUAUUUGAAUGAAGAAGAUGCAUUCUGGGCACUGUCUCAAUUACUCACUGAUCAGAAACAUGCAAUGCAUGGGUUUUUUAUUCCUGGAUUUCCAAAGCUCCAACGGUUCCAGGCACACCAUGAUCAGAUUUUAAGUAAACUCAUGCCAAAGCUUAAGAAGCAUAUGGACAAAGAGCAGAUGUCUACAGGGAUAUACACCACAAAAUGGUUCUUGCAGUGUUUCAUAGAAAGGACACCAUUUACGCUCACACUGCGGUUAUGGGACAUCUACAUUCUGGAGGGGGAAAGAGUUCUUGCUGCUAUGGCAUAUACCAUCAUGAAACUGCACAAAAAGCGCCUGAUGAAAAUGUCAUUAGAAGAUCUCCGAGAAUUCCUUCAGGAAAUUAUGUCAAAAAACUUUCAAUAUGAUGAUGAUGUUGUUAUUGAGCAGUUGGAAAAGUCUAUGGUCGAGCUCAGGAAAUUAAAGCUUGAACUUCCUCCACCAGCAAAAGCUGAUGAAUUUCCCAACAAACCAUUAGGCCAGGAAGUUUCUGUCACCUUAAUACCAGAGAAGGAUGACUUCAUGGCCAAUGGCAAGAGUGAAAAGGUUAAUUCUAUUUCAAAUAACUUUGAACCUGAUAAUGAUGUAGAUAGAGAAUCACCAGGAAGAAACUGUAUCCAGCCUUUUGUGCCUGAGCCUGUGGAAAAGAGUGAGACUUCUGAAAAUAAUGGGAAUCCUUGUCCAGAGGAGAACAAUAUUAAUUUUGUGGAAAUUUGUGCAGUUCAAGCUCCACUCCAUGAAAAGUAUAUAACUCCCAUAAAAGACCAAACCCAACUCCCACAAGAUGAACCUGUGCUUUCAGAAGUGAGUCCACCUCCAAGCCCAGAAAAAAAUUCAAAGCAGCCUGUUAAGAAGGAAGGCAUCCUACCUGCUCAAAAUAAUGAGACUAGAAUUGCAGAAAAUGAUACAAUCCCAAACAUUGAAGAAGUUAACAGUAAGAUUCCAGAAAAAGAAACCAUCAAUCUUCCAGAAGAGAAUGUCAUUGCUUGUCAAGACUUGAGAAAAGUUGAAUUUAUAGAAAAAACUGAAGGAGUUGAAACUCAAUCCCCAAAAGAACAAUCUACAUUAUGUUCAGAAAUUAAUCAAGCUUCAAUACUUCAAAGUAUGGCAAUAAAGUCUCCACAGAAAUGCCAGGAACUUGCAUCAGAGUCAGUAGAUGAAGCAUAUAAUAAUGGUAAACCCUCUCCAGGGAGUAAUGAUGGAUUGACAGAUUUGGAAAACAAUGAGAAUGUGCCAUUACCUUGUCCAGAACCUCCACCUUCAGUGAUGCUCUCUAAGGACAUUCAUUCCUUGCUCCCAAAUCCAGAAAAAACAUUGCAUAGAUUUUCUAGCCACAGUGUCUCUCAACAACUGGAAGCAGGUUUCCCUAUUGAUCAAUCACAACCUAUAGCAAUAGUGGAGUUUUCAGCUGCAGCAAAGGAGAACUCAUCCUUCAGUGAUUUAACACAAGAAGCUUCAACAGAUUUGAACAGUCCAGAAACAGAACGUACAGAUGAGUUCCAAAGUAAAAGACGAGUUUCAAAUGUUUCCCAGUAUGACAAUUUAUCUGAUACUGACUAUAGGUAUGAUCAGAAUAUUUCAGAACCAAUAACUGAGACUCAACUUGAUGAAAAUAAUGCACUUAUUCAAAAGGAACUUGUGUGUGCAAAACCAGCAGACCCUGUCAGUACACCUAAACCAUUUUCAGCAUUAGUAUUGUCAGAAGAUCCACAAUCUGUGGAACAGGAUUCAGUUUUGAAUCAGCAGGAAUGGGACAUUUACAGAUCUGAAAACCAUAUCAUGCCUUCUGCUCAGCACAGCCCUUCCAAAUAUUCACCAACUAUGCAUAAACAGGAUCAUAUAAGAAAUGCAAAUUUUCAGAGUCCUCAGCAUCUGAUUGCUAUCACACAGACCUCGCCAGUCAUACAGUGUUUAAAUAGCCCCUGUAAAAUAGUCAGAUCAAUGCCUUCAGUUCAUGUGGCACAUGGAGCUGAACAAAAUCUCCUGAACUUCAAGCACGUGGCAUUGCCUGUACAGGAUGAUCCACAGUUGGUUGCAAUCUGUGAUGAAAAAGGGACCUGUACAAUAAGAGAGACUGAAUCACUUGAAGUUAAUAUUCCGGUUACUAAUGUGACGCUGGAUAAAACUGUAAGUUUGAUAAAAGUGCCAACCCAUCUUAUUGUACAUUCCCCUCCUAUAGAUGCAAAUAUGCAACAAAAACAUGCCACAGCUGCAAUAGAAAAUUUAGGCACAGAAAUUUGUUUGGCAGACUCUCCCAAUUCCCAAGAUUGUGAAUAUGUUAGAUUAUGACAGAACUCAUUCCAAUUUUACCAUAAUGCAUAUGUACAAAUUUCCACUACUUACAAUGAUCAAAUGCUUCCAAGUGAUGCAAGCAUUUCAUAUCACAAAAGCAGCCACAUAUUUUCCCAGUUAUUGAACCAGUUGUUCACUGUGUUUUAUUGAGGGCUGCAUGGACAUUGAGUCAUGACAGGAAGCUAUGCAAAUAAUAAAAUUUCAUACCUUACAUUAAGAAAAGACAUCAUCUUGUAACUAGUCUAUACAUUUCACAGAAAAUAUGGAUGCAGGUAAAUAUAUUUUCUUGUUUCAUAAAAUCUUUUAUGAUUAUUUUUGACCAAUGUAAUUGAGAAAUACCUGUCUUGCGGCAGACUAAACUUUAUUUAAGCUGAUGCAUGACCACCUCAAAAUGCUGUGAAAAUCUGAAAGGCAGUGAGCAGGCUCACUAUAUGAGACACUGUAGCAUAGUCUAUUACACGAGCAGCUUUUAUAUGGUUUUCCCAAGUGGCUAAUAUUUUUCAUUCAUAUCACAAGAUGUUUGACAGGCAAUGCAGACAGGAUUUCUCAUGAGUUAUUUCUACUUUGCUUGAUUUUAAUACGUACUAGUACAGAGGUGUUACAAUGAAAUAAUAUAGUGCUUGUUGGAAGUGGUAACAUCAUGCAUUGAUAACUUUUUUAGCUUCUGGAAUAUAUUGAAGUUACUGAAAUUGCAUUUUUUACAACAUCUUUUGAAGUUGCUGAGUAAAUACUUAAACAGUAUGCA